CGUCAUGACGUCGUGGUGUUUGACCGUCACAGUGGGGGCAACAUGGCGGCGCACAGCCUCUCUCCGUCUCUUAGCAGGCUGCUGUUCGCUGUAAAGUAUGGCUCAUUCCAGUCAAGAUGUUGUGCAUUGCACAGUAAGACUCAAUAUUCCACCGUGUACAACCCCAGUGAAAAGACCUUUGAUAAGAUCCUCAUCGCCAACAGAGGAGAGAUUGCUUGCAGAGUGAUCAAGACGUGUAAGAAGAUGGGCAUCAAGACUGUAGCUGUCCACAGUGAUGUAGACUCAAGUGCAGUCCAUACCAAGAUGGCCGAUGAGGCAGUGUGUGUUGGCCCGGCCCCCACCAAUAAGAGCUACCUGAACAUGGAUGCCAUCAUGGAGGCCAUCAGAGCGACUGGAGCACAAGCUGUUCAUCCUGGUUAUGGGUUUCUCUCUGAAAACAAAGAGUUUGCAAGGCGACUGGAGGCAGAGGGCGUGGCAUUCAUUGGCCCAGACACCCAUGCUAUCCAGGCAAUGGGGGAUAAAAUUGAGAGCAAGCUAAUUGCUAAGGCUGCUAAUGUCAGCACCAUCCCAGGAUUUGAUGGAGUUGUCAAGACUGCAGAGGAAGCUGUGAAGAUUUCACAGGAAAUUGGCUACCCAGUGAUGAUCAAAGCAUCUGCAGGAGGAGGAGGGAAAGGAAUGAGGAUUUCUUGGAAUGAUGAGGAGACAAGGGAAGGUUUCCGGUUCUCAUCCCAGGAGGCAGCAUCCAGCUUCGGAGACGACAGGUUGCUCAUUGAGAAGUACAUAGACAACCCCAGACAUAUAGAGAUACAGGUGCUGGCUGAUAAACAUGGUAACGCUCUGUGGCUGAAUGAGAGGGAGUGCUCCAUUCAGAGGAGAAACCAGAAGGUGGUGGAGGAGGCUCCCAGCACUUUCCUGGACCCAGUGACACGGCGAGCGAUGGGUGAGCAGGCAGUGCAGCUGGCCAAGGCUGUGCAGUACUCGUCUGCUGGCACUGUGGAGUUCCUGGUGGAUUCUAAGAAGAACUUCUUCUUCCUGGAGAUGAACACAAGACUACAGGUGGAACAUCCAAUCACAGAGUGCAUUACUGGCCUGGACCUGGUGGAGCAGAUGAUCAGGGUUGCCAAGGGUUACCAGCUGCAGCACAAACAGGAGGACAUCCCAAUCAACGGCUGGGCUGUUGAGAGUCGCGUCUAUGCCGAGGAUCCUUACAAGUCUUUUGGGCUUCCCUCCAUCGGACGCUUGUCCCAAUACCAAGAGCCACUCAACCUCAGCAAUGUCCGUGUAGACAGUGGUAUCCAGGAGGGCAGUGACAUCAGCAUCUACUAUGAUCCCAUGAUCUCUAAGUUGGUCACUUAUGGUGCUACGCGAGCUGAAGCUCUUGCCAAGAUGGAGGAUGCUCUGGAUAACUAUGUUAUCAGAGGUGUGACCCACAACAUUCCUCUCCUGCGGGAAAUCAUCACCCAUCCUCACUUUAUCUCUGGGGACAUAAGCACUAACUUCCUGCCGGAGGUGUAUCCUGAUGGCUUCAAGGGUCACCAGCUGGAGGUGGAUGAGCGCAGGGAGCUGCUGGCCUCGGCAGCGGCACUCUACAUCACUGCUCAGCUCCGUUCACAGAAGGUCCUGGGUGACUUGAGGGUGUCCUCCACCCCUGUGGAAUGUAACCACUGGGAGCUGUGUGUGGAGCUGGGGGAGGGACUCCAUGCUAUGGAGGUGACCAAAUCCGGAAAAGUUUAUACUGUAGAGGUGGAUGGAGGAACGGUGGAAGUCAGUGGAGAGUGGAACCUGGCCUCCCCACUGCUGCCAAUCACCAUCAACGGUACACACAGAAUGCUCCAGUGUCUGUCCAGAGAUGCCUCAGGAAGGAUUGUCCUGCAGUACCUGGGCACAUCGUUUCAGUUGCGCGUUCUGUCCAAGUUGGCAGCAGAGUUGAACUCGUUCAUGCCAGAGAAAGUUCCAGAAGACACCAGCAGCAUCCUACGUUCACCGAUGCCAGGAACAAUAGUGGCUGUGUCUGUCAAGCCUGGAGAUACGGUUGCAGCAGGUCAGGAGAUCUGUGUGAUUGAAGCCAUGAAGAUGCAGAACAGUUUGACUGCUGUCAAGCAAGCAAAGGUUAAAAGCGUCCACUGUAAGCCAGGGGAGACAGUGGGAGAAGGAGAUCUGCUGGUAGAGCUGGAAUAAAGCGAACCUUUGAUCUUUGGAUGUGAGACAUCAGCACCAGGAUGAGCCUUACUCCCUAAUGUCCACAGAGAAGAUCCACGUUGGCAAACAGACUGGACAAUAACAGAUGCUGGAUUUGGUUUUGCCUGUGGUCAGUCUCCAUUGUGGCCCCCAACAGUGUAGUUUCCCCGAUGCUGACUCAGUUAUCUGCAGUGCAAAACUGCUCUUCCACGUUAGACUCCCGCCACUUUCUCCUCGUGUGAAACUUUCUAUAAUUUCAUAGUGCAUAGUGUGUUUUCUAGACCUGACUUUUAGUUUUUUGUUAAAGGGUCAGUUCACCCACAUAACAAAAAAAAACAUCAGUUUGUGUGCCAAGGCUUUGAGACAUCUGCAUCAGUGAAGGCUGCUGCCACUUAACACUAUGGGAAUGGACCCUUUUCAAAUGGUAUUUUUCAGAUAUGAUCGACAAAAAGAAAAUUCUAUUCACCUCUAUUGAACUGGAUUGUAGCAGAAAUCUCAGAUCAGAUCAGAACCUCACGGGAGAAAACCAAGACAAUUUGUGUAGUUUGAUAUCAUUCAAGGUAAGCAAUCUGCUGUCAUUUGGUUGAACUGACACUAAAACACAGUACGUACAACAAAUAAAGUGCUCCUUCUUUUCACAACUCUUA